CAGUAACAUUUCCACAGAGUGCGGUCUGUAUAGUAUUGGCUGGUGGUUAACGGCUGGUAUUCGCGAUCCAUCCAAGAAAUCUAGUAUAAACUCCAUGCUUGCGAGAUCAGAGUAGGCUGGUGGCCAUUCCAUCGUCAGUCAUUCAUGAACUCUUGUUGGAUAAAAAGCUCUCGCGCUUCGAGUAUCUGAACUACCGCCAACGAUAGAUCGCGCACUAAAACGUCGAAGAUACUUCCCGAAAAUUUUGGGAAAGAUAUCAGCCAGUCAGUACUAUUGUUAACGCUUCAUUCCGCCUCUUAAAUUUUUAUGGAACUGUUGAACGCGCGCUACUAUCGUAUGUAAACAAUUGCGUUAUCAGCUUACGAAAUUUUUUGUUAACUUGAAUUGCUGGAAUUGCUCGCCCUGCUUCACGGUUACCACAGAUCCAUGCGAUUUUGUUGCUACUGCAACCUUUCCCAGCGAGUUGCUUUCACAUGUUUCUAUCUUCGAAUCGUUGCUGCUACGUUACGUUGCGACAAUCACGGCAUUGUGUAACUCUGUUUCUUUUUUUCAUAUUUUAUUUAUUGUAUCUAUAAGUCGAAAAGGUUUUUGAAUUUUUUUAUGAAGCAUUGAUAGUGCUCAUAACGUGUCGGCCAUUGAUGUCGCUUUUGUAUGAUGUUUGUGUAAUAAGUGAAAGUAAAAGUGCUGCGAUUACUCGAUUGCAGUUGCAAGCGUCAUAAGGCGAUUAUAGGGUUAUCAAUAAAGUGCUCAGAUUGCAAAAUAUAAACGAAAUACUCUCAAAGUGGUGGUUGAUAGUUUCUCAAAAAGGAUUAUUUCAUCAUUGUUGCUGACCUAGUCCGGAUUAUUUGGAUUAUAUUGGAUACGCUUCGUUCCAAGAUUGAGCUGAUGUUUUGGAUAUAAAUUGGAUUUUAUAUACGGCAAUAACUUCAGUCAUAAACAAGAUGUUGAUAAAGAGCUACGAAAAUGAUAAUAAAUUGCACUACAUUGAGAGCUUAGCCAUAGCGGAAGCGGAGGAUUCCAGCUAUGAUUCUGACUGCGAAAACGAUGACACCCAUAACAAUUCGAAAAAUAUCGAUCAUGAACAAGUAUCCCGAACGACAAGUGACACACUAGGACAAGAAUUUGCUGAAUAUGUGACAAAACCUCAACAACCCCAGAAUGUACCAUCUACAUCACCCUCGCCUGGAUCCGCACAAUCAUCAAAUUUGAUAUCCGAGCGGCCUUUUAGUUAUACAGCCAGAGUUGAGUUCGCACUGAAACUCGGUUAUACCGAGCGCUUAGUCCAAGCAGCAUUAGCUCGGCUUGGCCCAGACCCAGCGCAAAAUGAACUCUUAGGCGAACUAAUAAAGCUUGGAGCACAGCAUAGCAAUAAAGGAGAUUUCUGCUGCGAUUCACCCACUGCAGAAUGUCUCUCGCCUAUUGGUGGAUCAACAGCGUCUCUAGUUGGUGGUGCUGGUGGCGAUGUAGCUAUACAUCAUCCUCUUGCAGCAACAUGUAGUUUUAGUGAUGACCCUUCACAACAAGUGAAUAGAUUACGUCCAAUAGUCAUAGAUGGUAGUAACGUGGCAAUGAGUCAUGGUAACAAAGAAGUUUUCUCGUGUCGAGGAAUUAAAUUAUGCGUUGAUUGGUUUAAAAAUCGUGGCCAUCAAGAUAUAGUUGUGUUCGUGCCUAAAUGGCGAAAGGAAAGCUCUCGCCCAGAUAAUCCGAUUAAGGACCAAGAGAUUUUGAAUGAGCUGGAACGUGACCGUAUGUUAGUUUUUACACCAUCAAGACUGGUUGGGGGAAAGCGAAUGGUUUGCUACGAUGAUAGAUACAUAUUAAAGUUGGCAGCUGCGAAUGAUGGAAUAGUGGUUUCGAAUGAUAACUACCGAGAUCUGGUACAAGAAAGUUCAGAGUUCAAGAAAGUUGUGGAAGAGCGGGUUCUAAUGUAUUCGUUUGUGAAUGACCGGUUUAUGCCACCAGAUGAUCCUCUAGGUCGAUCUGGACCUACUCUAGAUAAUUUCUUACGGAUUCAACCCAAAAAAGGUGAUCCACCACCACCAUGCCCAUAUGGCAAGAAAUGUACGUAUGGCAACAAAUGCAAAUUUCAUCACCCCGAAAGAGGCCUAGGACCCCACAAAUCUGUAACUGAGCGGCUCUCAGAGCACGCCGCUCGUCACCUAUCAGCUCGAAAUUCUUCUUCAGAAUCUGUACGACAACCAGUUCAAGGAAAAUCUCUUAGCGUUCCUUUAAGUGGAGCUAGCGAUUCGAAUUCUACAGAAAGAUCAUCACGAAAAGCAUUGUGUAGAACAAGAUCUGGGGCUCCAGAUUGCGCCACUGCAAAACCAUCAGCGCUCACGCAACCAACGCCUCAACAGCAACCACAACAGUCACCGAUCCCAGCGUGGGAUCCGUCGACCUGUCACCCUGCUUCAGAUACAAACCACAUUAAUUUCCCCAAAUCACACAGUAUUGAGAAUAUUUCACGUGAGGCGUACUCCACCCACCCACACCUUGGACUACAUCCAAGUUAUGCGUCACUGUGGUCAGCAUCAGGAACGCAAGCACCAUCUACAGCACCACAAGCUGGGGCAUCGCCCGUAUCUAGUUCGGCAACAUCAAAGCAAUUGUCCGCUAAUAAUUCCGAGCCUGUAGAUGAAUCAAUAAAUCUCCAUAAGAAAUUGAGACGACAGUUGACAUUGAAUCCAGCCGGUUGCGAUCCGCGAAUAUAUCAGAUGCAACGAUGCUUGGCACCGACAGGUGGAGGUGGUGGAGCGGCGGCUGCGGCCGCUGUCCAACCACAUUCUCCGCAUCGACCUUUAGCACCAUCAUUGAGCGGUCCACGAACACAUCAUCCUCCGACACAGUGGGAUUUGCAUCAGAGCGUAACACGAAUCGCUUCGGCACCUGAUCCGUCACGUCCAUGGCACAGUGGUCCACCGCCAGCAUCGUCAUCCGAACCACAUAUAAAUCUAUGGCCCCAUCAUGCGCCGCCAACUGUUCUAGCCGCGCAAGAUCAACGACGACGACUACAUUAUCACUUAGCUAGCAUAUUUCCCGAGGAACAAGUUCAAACAGUUAUGCAAAUGUAUCCGGACGAGACGAAUCCUCAAACUAUAUGUGCUGCCAUUUUAAGUAUGUUCCCUAAAAUCUAAUUUAGACGUAGCGUAGACAAAUGAGAUCCUUUUACUAAUGUACAUAGGCAAGAGGAAAGUAGUCAUUGAUGGAUCAUUUCUUCUCUAUGGAGAGGAAUGUUGGCGUAUGUGAUGCAAAGAAAGGCCUUAUGAUUUUCAACAAGGCAUCCAUUUGCAUGUAAUUGUUUGAUCGGAGUUAUGUACGAAUAUGGGCACGUCGGCCCAAGCGGUUUUAGAGAGGAAAAUGUGAAUAUAGAGAUCUAAACGUCUGCUGCAAUGUGAUGACUGAAAUACGUACUUGGCCUCCACUUCGAUUUAGAGUAGUAUUGGGGGGAAAAUGAGUGUCAUUCAUUUCCUCUAGAUUAUUUUGACAUAAAAUUGAAGUGGUUGGCCUCCUCGGAUUAUUGUUAGCUGGUAAGAGGAAUGAGAGCAGAGACAUUUUUAUUCUACAGACACUUCAAUCGCAAUAAAUCCAUGACUCAUUUGCAUGCUCCCUAAAUGCAUGGAACUGUAUUCCCUCUUGCACUUUUUCAAAUCCUUUACAAAAUGCAACAAACAAUUUUGCUCUAAUUUGUAGUCCUGAUCCUGUUCGGUCUUUAAGACGUAAAUUCGUACAUACUCCGAAACGUGCGUCCUAUACUUGAGCCUUUAUCUUUUCUUAUUAUUUAUUUCUUCAUCCAACUCUUUAUCUUAAUCAAAAAUUUUAGGCAAAACAGAAAAACUGAUCCAUUACUGAGAGUAAAAUCGGGCAUUGCUUGCAAGCUUGAUUUUGAAAGUAGUAAACGUUUAUCGUAGUCGGGGGCAUAUGAAGAAAAAGAUGAUGAAAAACAUUGACAUGAACAUAUUUAUAAGCAUUUAUUGAACAUUAAGUAAACUCAGUCGAGAAACUCAACUACCCGAGCUGCUAUCUGAGAAUAAUAUUUAGAGAAGCGAAAUUUCUAAUGCCAGUUUUUAAACCUAACCCUUAGGAUUAAAGUGUAUUGUGAAGCUGAAACAAGCUGCAAACCCCUUCACAUGAUAAUAUUAAAUAAUCGUUGAUCUUUUUUAAGUUUUAUAAAAUAUAUUUUGCAUAAGAGAGAAACAUGUUUGUAUAUCCGUAAAUAGUUUAGUCAGAAACAUUGAGAGUGGAUGAAUGAGAAAUGCAGACUCCAGAAUAUUGUGGGACUAGGGGCAAAUUGAAUUCGAUGUCCCAGUGAAAUACUCACUAUUUAAGUAACAUUUUAAAAACAUUUGUUCCAAUCGUAUAGACUCGUGUUUCUAUAGUGUAUCCACACGUCCUGGUUCUAUUAUAUUCUGCAGUUUGUUCAUUCCAUCCAAAAUAUUCUAGAGGGUACUCAGUACCGUAAGCCAAAAUCACCUAGACUCGGGUGAAGAUAAAAAGCGUUAAAUGAUAAAUAAAAGAAUACGUUGAAUGUUGAUUGCUGCUGCACGAGUCAAGUCUUCGUUGGUAUCGCUACUGCUGCUGGUUCAGUGUUAAGAAGUUCGCUAUAGCUCGAUUGCAGAGCAAGGAAUGUGUUUUAUUAUUAUGACAAGAGUAUUUCAUAGAAAACUCCUCGAAAUUAGAUUUGAAUCCAUCACUAUUUGAUAUUGGAACUUUAUUUAAUAUGUGUACAGUACAUGUCCAUUUUUAUAUACUGUAAAAUGAUAUUAUUUUUUGUUUACACGUAAUCGACCUAGGUUAGAGUAUUGAGCAUGGCUAUUUGACUAUUUGACUUUUGUUGAACCUUUUUUUGUUAUAUUGAUCGAUUAUUUUAGGAACUAUAAAAUCAAAGCUAGACAUCUGUAGCUUAAGUUAAGCUUUUUGUAUGGGAGAGAGAUUAAUUUUGAAGUAAACGUACGCGUCUACAUGAAUGCAAUAUAUAUUCAACCGUUCAGUUGAUUCAUACAGACAUAAAUAUACAACUCGUUCGCUUUCAUAUCAAACCAAUAAUAGUCAUAAAAUAUGAACAACACUUUUCCGUUCUCCUCCAAAUUUCAAUUUGUCUAUCCAACACAAACGGCCAACUGAUAUUUGAAGUCCCACGAAGUACGUAUAUAGCAUUCUGGGCCGACAUUAUUUGCUAUUCAUUUUAAUUUCCUCCGCCGUCACCAUGAGUUCUCCCAAAUAUUCAGGCGGGAAAUUUAUAUGUUAACACGAAAAUGUCCUAUUUCACAUAUUAAACAAGUAAUGCAGUUUUCAAUGCAUGUUAAAUAAUUCAGAACUAAUGAAAAUCUUAUAUCCACGACGAAAGAUAAUUAUAAAGAGAAGUUAGAGUUUAACAAUAACACAUGUGUACAUACAUAAGAAGUAUGAUCGAAAUGUAAUAAAGCAAAAAGGAAUCUUUAGUUGUAACAAAGAAAUGAGAAAAAAAUCUACUUCUAGUUAAGUAAAUAACCCUCCCGUUGUUGUAUGUAUCUUCAUAUUGGAGUAAAUAAAUUUGAAUAAUCCAAAAUAGUAAAAAAAAAAGAAAAUGAUGAAAAAUAUAUUAAAAUACAUUGCGACGAUGAUGACUAAUUCCUGAGUGUAAACUAAACAAAUGAAAGUGAAAUUACAUGUACAUUAUGAAAUUUAAUAUUGGAAAUGAAAGAACAUGAGAAAAUAUUAGCAAAA